GUCUGUGAAAAACAGCGGUGGAGGAAGGUUCGGUAGAAGACGUCAGUGUUAGUGUACGUAGUACGUAGUACGUAACAAUGCGAUCUUACGUCGACGAAGUGUUCAACUGUUUACGAUGAAGAUAUCCACAAGUGCUUAUUCAACGUAAUGGAUUAAUCGGAGAUAAUCAACGUUUACCUGUUGAAUCGCUGUAAUCAUCUGUGCUAUCGAGGAUGAGGAGCCACAUAGCCAGAUGAGAUGGUGGCUCGCUCACUAUGGCUGUGGCUAUGUAUCGGCUGGCUCACAGAGGCCGUUCUUAACCCAAGCUCGACCACCAUCUGUGAUCUGGGACCGUGUCGAUGUGUGAGAGGGAAACUGCUGUGCGACUGCUCCACGUCCAAAAUAAAGGAAAUCUAUCUGAAAGACCUGGACGAGGAAAGCUUCAGCAGUAUCAGUGUAACCAACUGCACACACGUCCAUCUAGCCUCAAGAACUCUCUCCAGGUUGCCAGCACUGCAGCAAGUCACGAUUGCAGACAUUGACCACCUGACUCUGGAGGAGCACGCGUUCAGCUGGGUCACCGACAACCCUUCUCACACAGGACUGAUGGUCAACCUGACCAACUGUUUCAUCCCAGAAGUCCCCAGCUACAGCUUCAAAGGAUCAAUCAGAGACAUCGUCCUCUCCUCAGUCAACAUCAGCCGAGUCAGCGCCUACGCCUUCGCCGCCAUAGAACACGCGGAGAAGAUCGAGUUUGAGCGGGUCUCCGUUGCAGACUUCGAAUCCCAAUCUUUCAAAAAGUUCAGCGUGAACUUCUUCACGUGGAGUGACUCUGUUUUCAACGUGUUACCGACAAGACUGAUGAUCGAUGUUGAAGUGAAUCAAGAGGUGAAAUUUGACAACGUCGUGAUCGAUACCGCAAAGUAUUUGAGUCUGAAGAUUCACGGGCCGAGGAAUUUCCGAUUGUUGAAGUCACUAGUGAGACACGUAGAACAUCAAGCUUUGCACAUCCACACGAGAGGACCGGUGACGAUAAUGGACAACGUGUUCACCCACGUCGAGAAGGGAGGAUUCGUCGGCUUCACCGUGGAAAGGAGGUUCCUACAGGAAGCAGGGAAGCAAGACUUUAUCUUCGAGAACAACACAUUGGUAGACUUCGAGAGCGCUCCUCUGAUCUUCAACACCACCGGGUUCACUCCACGACUUGACUGGAUCGUGGUAGACCAACAAUGUUCUUGCCAGAACGCCGACUACUGGACGUCAGACCUCGUCUACUUUUCUUCAGACCCGCGGGUCUCAACAGCUGUUCCUCAGGUGGAAAACGUCAUUUACUGCCACAACCUCGAGAGAGCCACAAACGUGAAAGACUUUCGAAGACUGUUCUGCAACAUCAAAGACUCCAAUAUUUUACUCACUCUAGCUUUUAUCUCUGGUAGUGUAAUUUCGCUCUCGGUUAUCUUGAUGCUCGCUUAUUUGGGCUUCAAAGAGAAGGCGAAACGAUAUAUGAACGUGCCAAACUCUCCGUCUCCCGUCAAACAGUCCAACAAGAACCACAUGUUGGUGAUACCGGACGGCAAAACGUAUCGGGAGACUGAGCUACAUGUGAUCGUAGAACACGUGGAACCCAUCGUCCCCACAGAGUAUGUUAGAGCUCCACCAGAGGCAUAGAGCAGCUAAUCAGUAUUUUAGAUUGUGAUCUCUUGUAAAUAGCAUUCUCACUGUACAUUUGUAUAAACCCACUAUUCCUACCGACCAUAUUCUAGUGUACAAUUGUGAUAUUAAUUUAAAUAAGAAACCGCCAAAUAUUACUGAUCCUAACGAAGAGACAUUCCUUUUAUUUCCAUGAAUGUAAAAAGUGUAUGAUUUGUUGUAGUGUGUUAUAUAAAAGUUGCGUUUAAAAGUGUA